AAAUAACUUAUGUUUAUCUCCAGAUUGUAUUUAGUAUUGUAAAAUUACUACAAGUGCAAUAUCCUAUGAAAUAAGUAGUCGAUAAUUUGAAAAAAUCAUUCAAUUAUCAAGAUAUACUAUGUAUGUGUGAUCAUAACCAUAAUUAAAUCGUAAAUGCUAUACUAGCAAAUAAAUAGACAUGUUCAUAACUAUGAUAAUUGGCUGUUAAUGAUGAAUCUACAAUUGCUUCCAAUGAACAGUGAUGAUGGAAAUCACCAUAGUUAAGACUCGCAAGGAAAUAGAAAAUGUUGACGUUGACCACGUUGACAUGUUUGCGUGAGUGUAUGGUCCACUUGUUGGUGGCUAUUCAGAUUAUUUAAAGCGUUGUAAAUUGAUUCUGAUCUGAAGUCUCCAACGAGUUGCAGAUCGAAUUCACGAGAUGAAAGCAAGUAAAGCUGUGAUAGUGUGGUAGUAACCGGCUGGGUUGGAGAAAAAAAAGCAAAGCGUUGAACUUGAUCAAAUAUCACACCAUUACGCUCACUUAAAGAUCAAUGGAGAACUUAUUGUUACAUGCAGCAUCCGUCGAAAUUGCAACAUGCUCUAUAUGGUUGUGGACCACAGCGUUGCAAAUUCGUUGGUUUGUCAUUCAUCAUUUCUCUCUCUCUCCCUCUCUCUCUCUCUCUAUCUCUCUAUCUCGCUCUCUCUCUCACUCUCUCUGUCUUUCCAAUUGGUUUCAAUGAAAUUUAAUUUAGUUUAUCACUUUUGCAGUGGUGUACGUUGCGUGAAUGGUUUUAAACUAUUAGCAUGCCAAAUUUGUCGAUGUCUGCGUGUAAUUGUCUGUUAGUCACAAGUUUUCGUCAAGUAAGCAAAGAACAAGCAUAUACCUUGCCUGUAAAAUUAUUCAUGCUUUUACGGAAUAUCGUAUACGAGAUAUCAUUGUCUAUCCCGUCAAUUUCGUGGCAAAAUGGCAGCUGUUUUGACCGCCGAGCAAGAGCAAGCAACAAAAGAGUUUAUCGAGGUGGUCAACAAGUAUAGAGCAGGUCGCUGCGUAGGCCCAAUCUCAUGGAAUGCAGCUCUAAAAUUUCUAACGGCAAGGAAGUUUGAAGUUACCAGAGCUCUAGCACUUUAUGAGCAACAUGAAGCUACUAGACGAAGGGAAGGUCUAGCACUAAUGCAACCAACACAGGAGCCACUGCUAAGCGAACUACGCACAGGCAAAUUCACUGUUUUGCCAACUCGGGAUUCAACCGGAGCUGCAAUAGCCAUAUUCACGGCUCACCUGCACCUCCCGCAAUACACGACUCAUCAGACAACGUUGCAGGGAGUGGUUUACCAACUGGACGCCGCAUUGGAAAGCAAGGAAACUCAGAAGCAUGGCCUAGUGUUCAUCUACGACAUGUCGGACAGCAAGUACCAGAAUUUCGACUAUGAUCUGUCGCAAAAAAUCCUGACCCUAUUAAAGGGCGGCUACCCGGCCAAGCUGAAGAAGGUGCUGAUAGUGACGGCGCCGCUGUGGUUCAAGGCCCCCUUCAAGAUCCUGCGGCUGUUCGUGCGCGAGAAGCUGCGCGAACGCGUGUUUACCGUGUCGAUCCCGCAGCUGACGCAGCACAUCCCGCGGGACUCGCUGCCGCAGCGCUUGGGGGGCGGCUUGGAGGUGCAGCAUGAGGCCUGGCUGCUGCACUGCCUCAAGUCCAUGACAAACCGAAGCGGGGCCGCGGAGCUCUGCGAGGUCGCCGCGCCCGCGGCGGCGCAGCUGCUGCACGGCCUGCAGGCCGCCGCUGGCCCCGGCGAGAGCGCGCCGCCCGCGGCACUGGCCAACGGUCGUUGCGAGGCCGCCGCCGGCUCGAGCGCCGGCAGCCCCGUCAGCCCGCUGCCAGAGGUGGCCGCCGGCGCACAGCAGCCACAGCCACAGCCACAGCCACAGCCACAGCGCAGGCCUGCAGAGACCGAGUUGCCGAGCGGCGUCGAGGAGGCAGCCUCGCCGCUGCAGCCGCCCUCCUCCGCCAGCUCGGGCUUCAGUGACGACGACAGCCUGCACGGCGACUUGGGGCUGCAGGCCGUCGGCAUCGAGCAGCUCAUUGAGGCGAUCCACGCCAGGGGCCGCGCGGGACUCGUGGCCGAGUACAUGGAGAUCAAGCAGAGGCCGCCGGACGGCACCUUCACCAACGCCAAGCUCAAAACCAACCUGCCGAAGAACCGUUACACGGACGUACUCUGCUACGACCACAGCCGGGUCUGCCUGUCGCAGCUGGACAGCGAGGCCACGUCCGACUACAUAAACGCCAACUUCGUCGACGGCUACAAGCAGAAGAACGCCUUCAUCAGCACGCAGGGUCCGCUGCCCAAGACGUGCGCCGACUUUUGGAGGAUGGUCUGGGAGCAGCAAACCCUCGUCAUCGUCAUGACUACCAGGGUCGUGGAGCGAGGACGCACCAAAUGCGCACAGUAUUGGGCCGCCGAGCCCGGUGAUCACGUUACCUCGGGUAAUUUUACCGUAACUAGUCUUGAGGUCGACACUCAUCCCGACUACACGAUAACCAAACUUCUGUUAACCAAUAAUAAGACUGAAGAAACUAGGGAAGUUUGUCACAUGUUGUACACUGGUUGGCCGGAUUACGGCGUACCUCAGUCGGCCAGAGCCUUGCUGCAAUUCCUCUCUCUGGUGCGCCAACAACAAAAUACAUUGUUGACCAACAGUGGCGAUACUUGGGCUGGUCACCCAAGAGGCCCGCCUAUUGUCGUGCAUUGCAGUGCUGGCAUAGGAAGGACAGGUACCUUCUGCACUCUCGACAUUUGCAUAUCACGGCUCGAAGAUACUGGCACCGUUGACAUUCGAGGAACAGUUGAAAGAAUACGAGCCCAGAGAGCCUUUAGUAUCCAGAUGCCAGAUCAGUAUGUAUUUUGCCACCGAGCUUUAGCAGAGUAUGCUCUCUCUCGCGGAAUGCUCAGUCCUCAGCACCUUGCCAUGUUACCCCCAACCAUCGAGGAAGAUUCCGAUUGAA